AUGUCGCUAAUAAUUGUGCACGGUGUUCACGGCGGCGCACAGAGCGUGGGUCCCUGCGGCUGGUACUCGGCCUCCGCGGCCCCUGCGCCUACAGCGCCAGUCAGACUCAAACGUGCUCCGCCCCACCAGCUGCCGACGGUAGGUGCUGUGAGCGGGAACAAUGUCCCUCAGGCACCGCUCUCGCCUACAGCCCUACAGAACACGCCGCCACACAACAAUGUAAUGUCGUCAUCAGUACGAGCGGCCGCGCCCGCCAUGCACAUCUCUCAGACGUCUACUGUUGUCCCGAAAGGUGCCAGUGACGUAUUAGUGAACUCCACGCCAUCAAACCCACCCCCCGCCGCUAACAGACUCAUCAACAUGACGCACUGGCCUUGGCACCACGGCGCCAUCUCUCGCGAGCGUGCGGAGGCGCUGUUGUCUGGCUCACCGGACGGUGUGUUCCUGGUUCGUGAGAGCACCAAUUUCCCCGGCGACCACACGCUCUGUGUUCGGUUCAGGGGUCGUGUCGAACAUUAUAGAGUGAAAUGGGCUACGGCCCCGGACAGUCAGAACCAGCGUCUGACCAUUGACGAUGAAGAAUUCUUCGACAAUAUGACGAAUCUAAUACAGCACUACUUGAAAGACGCGGAUGGUUUAUGUACAAAAUUGGAGCGAUGGCUUCCCAAGGCGUCACCGAAUGGUGCCAAUAACAACAACUUGCACCAGGCGACCUUCACGCCACUGCCACAGCAGCCACCCCCGUAUCCUCCUACACCGAGCGUGUCAAGUUCUCUGAGCGCGGUUCCAUUCCAACACGGAUUCGGUCACCUGCCCGGGGACGCCACUGACGGACCACAGAAAUUCGUCGACGCCAGGUGGAUAAUAGCGGAGAGGGAUUUGGAAAUCCGAGAAAACAUCGGCAAGGGAGAGUUUGGUGACGUCAUGCUGGGCAUACUCAAUGGAUCGCAGAAGGUAGCUGUGAAAAUAUUAAAGGAUCGAGAGGCAGCUAGCAAAUUCCGCGCUGAGGCCAGCGUUAUGGCGUCCCUUAAGCACGAAAACCUCGUCCGUCUGCUGGGCUGUGUAGUGUUCAGUUCCAACGGCAGCACCUGUAUCGUUACAGAGCACUGCGCCCAGGGUUCACUUCUGGACUACCUGCGCAGUCGAGGACGGCACUACGUCACGCAGCUCAAUCAGAUCAACUUCGCCUACGAUGCGUGUUGCGGUAUGGAGUAUUUGGAGCGUCAGCGCGUGGUCCACCGAGAUCUGGCGGCUCGUAAUGUUCUCAUAUCGGCGGAGGGCACGGCCAAGGUCGCGGACUUCGGUCUAGCGAGGACGGACUCCACCCCCGACGACCCCGCCGACGCCCUGCGGGUACAGGCCAAGCUGCCCAUCAAGUGGACGGCGCCCGAGGCACUCAAGUACAACAAAUUUUCUAAUAAAUCUGACAUGUGGAGCUUCGGGAUUCUUCUCUGGGAGAUCUACUCUUUCGGGCGAGUGCCCUACCCUAGAAUCCCAUUAGCCGAGGUUGUCCGUCACGUGGAGCGCGGGUACCGUAUGGAGGCGCCCGAGGGUUGUCCGGGAGGGCCGUACGAUGUGAUGAGAGCGGCCUGGCACGCUGACCCUGCACAGAGACCGACCUUCGCCAGCACGAGGCUCAGACUCGCCGCCAUAAGGGACGCGGCGCAUGCUCAUCAGUGAACAUUGCUCUAUAUAUUUGUCGGAUGUUAAAGCAACUAUAUAAAGUGUCAGCGCUGUGAAGAUGUGAGCUGUAUUUUAUUAUAUUGAUUUUAUUGUCUCGUGUAAGUACUAAAUUAUUUUGAUAAUCUUUAAAGACACUUCCUCACUUAAGAAGUAACAUUUAUAUAGUAUAGAAAAAUUGGUGUAUAGGGGAGAAAUUUAUCACGUGUUGUGUACUCGGGGGGCUUUUAGUGGCAGAUUAUCUUGAUCGACUAAUUUACUAUUUGUAUAUUUUUUUCCAAGAUUCACAAUGUAGUGAAAGAAAUAAUAAUAAUUAAGCACAAAUUUUUUAAUAUGCACAAUUUUUGGCUAUUUUACUUUUGAAAUUUUUAGUGUAACAUUAUAUUUAAUACUAUUAAAUAGUACGUUUUAUGCAUAAAUACAGUGUGUUGAUAGAUAUUAUUGUGAUAAAUUAGACGCUAAUGAUCCUGGCAGGAUAGUUAUUUUUCCAAAUAUUAAAAAAAAAAGUAUAAAAACAUCAGAUAAAUUUUUGUAAUUAAGACGAAAUAUACCUGGCAGUUUUAUAAUGACACUACAAAUAUAUAAAUAUUUAUAUUUUUUAACCGAUUUUCUUAGUAUUCCGCACUAAAAGCCCUUAUAGUUUUUAUGGCCUAAUAUUUAAUUCUCACAUCGCGACUGUGACCGUAUGUCGGUACUAUGGUACUGUCUAGUCAAAUAACACUUUUAGUUUCGUUUGUAUAUUAUUAUCUUUUUUCCUCUUUAUUUAAAUCAUGAUGGUGACUGAUACACGCAUACGCGGACAUGUAUAAUGCACAUAGACUUAUAUUAAUAAUAAUUUAUAAUACUAUUAGUUUUAUAAAUAUUCAUGCUAUAUAUAUUCUACUGUGGAAAUAUUUUUUACGAGCCUUUAACUUUCAUUAUGGCGUCAAUGAAUCGGCAUUCGUAUCUGUUGUAACGAAUCCUGAAUUCGUAUUGAAUGUGUCGAGAGCGGGAUUACUUCAGUGUUCCGGACGUUUUAGUUUCUUAUUGUUAGUCACCGUAAGGUAAAGUUGUUUGACCGACUUGGAGGUUGUGUACUAAAGUUAGUUAUUACCACUGAUAAUAUAUUUGAUAAUAUUAAAGAUGUUGUUUAAUUA